AUGAUUAAAAUGAAACUGUGCUUACUAUUAAUAUUGAAAUUAAUAUUGUGUUCAUCAAGUGAAACAAAACCAAAAUUAACAUUGAACGAAUAUUUCGAUUUUACGAAUUAUCCAUCAAUAAGUCUUUCUCCUAAUGGUAAACAUCUGUUCAUUCAAUCCAAACGUCCAUUAUGGAAUUCAAACUCUUAUGAAAACAGUUUAUGGUUAUUUAAUAUUGAAACGAAGAGAAAACAACUGAUUACAAACGUACUUUCCGAAUCGAUGAAACCACAAUGGUCACCAAGUGGAAGUUGGAUUGCUGUUUUACUAGAUCAAAAUCCAAUUACAAACGCUACAAACAGUCAUCAUCCUUCAUCCGAAGGAUAUCCAAAAGCAAAUGAGUAUAUUUACUUAUAUUCCAUCAUAUCAAACGAAUGGCUGCCUAUUUAUAUUGGCAAAGUAAUGCCAUUAACUUUAACAUGGUCCAAUGAUGAUUUCUCUCUUUAUUUUGUUACAUUCACGUUAAUGCAACCAAAAGAAGAUCAAAAUUCACAGAAGAUCGAAUGGAAAGAUGUUAUUCAAUAUCGAUUGUCGAAAUCUUAUGAGGGUAGUUCAAUUUAUCGUAUUGAUAUAGAAAAGAAUAAUCAGACAUCAUCCACGAAAAGAUCUCUUAUCAAAAAUGUUCCAUUUCUAAUUACAGAAUUAUUAUUUGUUCCAUUGGAAGAAAAACUUGUACUCAUGUCUUAUUCAACACUUAUUGAAAAAAUGAAUAUUAUAGAGAUGUAUUCUCUUAAUCUACAAAAUGUAUCGACAUUAUCCAGAUUAACGAACAAUGACCUAUGGGAACGUGAAUUACGAUUAUCAAAUGACAAUAAACAUGUACUAUUCUUAGCAUUCGGUAGUGAGUCAAGUCAAGGAAAAUUGAAUGCUAUCCAACAGCGACUAUAUUCAUUAGAUUUAACUAAUGGACAUGUCGAACGUCUAGGAAAAGAUUUCGAUGGUAGCAUUGCAGGAUAUAUGAUAAAAUCUGAUGGUAGUGUUUACAUACUAGGACAACUUGGCACAGAAACUCAAAUCUAUACACAACAAUCACCGAUACACAAAUUGAUUUAUCAUCAAGGAUGGAAUGGAACAUACGAACAAAUUUCAUUAUCAUCAAAACGAAAUGGUCCUAUUGCAUUUAUUUAUUCAUCAUUCGAACAACCAAAAGAAGUUUAUCUCGUGGAUAAUAUUGAUGAACUUCCAUCAGCACAAGCAUUAACAAAUGAAAAUAAACUAUUUACACAGCGAGAGUUGCCACAAACAAAAAUUUAUCAAUGGAAAAAUAAUGAAGAUCAACGAACGAUCGAAGGCAUUUUACAUUAUCCACCAGGAAAAUUUCAAUCAAAAAAUUUACCUUUGUUCCUUUUGAUUCAUGGGGGUCCAGCUCCAGCAAGUAGUAAUUCAUUUACUGCGGACUGGUACACUUGGGCACCAUUAGCAGCCUCAGAAGGUUGGCUUGUUUUAGAACCUAACUAUCGAGGUACAUUUGGAUAUGGUGAUGAAUUUCAUAACGAAGUUUUUCGUCAACCUCUAUCUCGACCGGGUAGAGACGUUCUUUUAGGAGUUGAUCAACUAGUUAACGAUGGCAUGGCUGAUCCAAAUAGACUUGCUGUUGGUGGUUAUAGCUAUGGUGGUUUUCUAACAAACUGGUUGAUUACACAAACUACACGUUUUAAUGCUGCUCUGUCCGGUGCUGGUGCAGUGGAACAUACCUCUUCUUGGGGUACAAUAUAUAUGCCGACAUUCAUCCAUUCUCUGCUCGGAGGAUAUCCAUGGGAAGUACCACAAAAUUACUUAUAUGAAUCACCUAUUUAUCAUUUAUCUCGAGUACGAACACCUACACAUAUUAUUACGGGUGAAAAAGAUGAAUCAACCAAACCUAGUCAAAGUUUUAUGUUGGAACGUGGACUCCAUUAUCUCGGUAUACCCGUUCAACUAUUAAUUUUUCCAAAUGAAGGACAUGGAUUGAACAAGAAUCCUUGGUAUGGCAAAAUAAAAGUUCGCGAAGAAUUGAAAUGGUUACACAAAUAUGAUAAUCAAUCAUGGGUCAUAAUGAAAAACUAG